AUGUAUCCCAUGCUCGGCUACGAUACAGACGACAGCUUCGUGGUCACAGAUGAAGACCUCGACGACGAGUUGGAAGAAGACAGUGAGUAUGAAGAUGAAGACUCGGAAGCCGAAAUCGGUGGGUUCGUCCCGCCACCGCAACAGUUGGAGGUGUUGUCGGCGAUAAUGGAGCAACAACGAAGGAGACGAGCGAUGCAAGACCUUGAGCAAAGGAUCCAGAGCAUUCGGGAGCGAACAAUGGCCUCGACUGGCAACGUUCAACAGAACAACUCGAAUGCUUCGCAACCCAAUGGGUGGGGCUCGAGGUCGAACCCUAUCUGCAUCGACGAACCGAGUCAAGAAGGAGCCUCUGCUGCAAAUCUGCAAAAAGAGGGCAGGGCUGGGGCUGACCAUCGUGGUAACUCGACUUCCCGAACGCAAAACCAAGUUACCGCCGGAGCUGAAUCCCAGAGGAAGCGCAAAGCUCAAGCCUCAGAGGAGAUGACGAGCACCUCUUCAUCAUCGCUGUUGAACAACAAGCGUAUGAAACAGACUCCUUUGGAUUCAGAGGCGCAAACGAACACUUCGAACACAUCUGAGCAACGGAGCAAGUUUUUCUCCUCGAGGAACACAAACCGGGGCUCCAAAUCAUCUCAAAUUGUUGCGGAUGAGCCUGUACAUGAAGAUUACUUCGCUAUGGAUGAAGAAGAUGACGAAGAACAAUGCAAUUGCAUCAAUUGCACGAUUACGAGGAAGCCAGAAACCGCAACCUACAACUCAGAGGAAGCGCAAGGCUCCGAGUACUGA